GAUGGCGCUCGGUCCCGCUCCUGAUGAAAUGAUCGAAAAUCUCAUUAGAUAAUAAUUUUUUGUGUCGCUGGUUUUUAUAAAAACUAAUCGUUUUUGUGUUUAUUUCAGGUCGCAGCCAUGGGGCGCCGUCCAGCCCGUUGCUACAGAUACUGCAAGAACAAGCCUUACCCCAAGUCCCGUUUCUGUCGGGGUGUACCUGAUCCCAAGAUCAGGAUCUUCGACUUGGGCAGGAAGAAGGCUAAGGUAGAUGAAUUCCCCUUGUGUGGUCACAUGGUGUCUGAUGAGUAUGAGCAGCUGUCUUCUGAGGCUCUUGAGGCUGCCCGUAUCUGCGCCAACAAAUACAUGGUGAAGACAUGCGGUAAAGAUGGCUUCCACAUCCGCAUGCGUCUGCACCCUUUCCACGUCAUCCGCAUCAACAAAAUGUUAUCCUGUGCCGGAGCUGAUAGGCUCCAGACUGGAAUGCGUGGUGCCUUUGGAAAGCCACAGGGCACGGUGGCCCGCGUGCACAUCGGACAGGUCAUCAUGUCUGUGCGCACAAAGACCCAGAACAAGGAACAUGUCAUUGAGGCUUUGAGGAGAGCCAAGUUCAAGUUCCCUGGCCGUCAGAAGAUCCACAUCUCCAAGAAGUAUGGCUUCACCAAGUUUAAUGCUGCUGACUUUGAUGACCUGCUGCAGGAGAAGCGUGUGAUCCCUGAUGGCUGCAGCGUGAAAUAUGUCCCCAGCCAUGGGCCCCUGAGCCGCUGGAAGGCACUGCAUGCCAACUAAGCACUUCACUCAUCAUACUGUUAGUUGUGUGAGAUUGCGUGCUCAGUAAUCUGAAGUAAUGAAUAAAAUCAAACUUUGUUUUGGUUAUCAAA